AUGUCUGCGAAGAGAAGGUCGUCCGGCAAGUUCGCGCCGCCAGUCGUCAAGCCCUCGAUCCGAGCUCCCAAGACGACAAUCGACGAGAGCAGAGCUGCCGUUUCCGCGACAGAUUCGCUCCAAGCCGCCGUCAAGGGCGACGCCGAACCAAUCGAGAUCUCGUCCGACGAGGACAGCGAGGAGGAUGCCUCCGACGAGGAGAUGGAGUCGCCCGACGCCGAGGCCGAAGCGAAGGAACCCGUGAACGGAGCUGAAGAAGAGACCGCCGAGAACCAAGCACAAAAGACGGACGCCGCCGCCGCAGAGUCGGACGAUGAGGCCGGAUCGCCCAGCUUCGGCGAGCUCCUGCGCGGCACGAUCGACGUCCCCGCCAUCCUCGCCCAACAAGAAGCUUCCAAGGAAGUCGUCCCCAGCUCCUCAAGAAAGAACCUCGCCGCGCCGUCCCUAUCAUCCCUGAGCACCGUCCUCACCCAAGCCCUCAAGACCGAAGACAACGACCUGCUCGAGUCGUGCCUGCAAGUCAACCAGGUCGCGACCAUCCAGCAGACGAUCGAGCGCCUCGACAGCAGCCUCGCCGGCGUCCUCCUCACCAAGCUCGCCGCGCGCUUCCACAGGCGGCCCGGCCGCGCGGGCAGCCUCAUGGUGUGGGUGAAGUGGACCCUCGUCUCGCACGGCGGCGCCCUGGCUGUGCAGCCCAAGGUUCUCGAGCGUUUACUCGCGCUGCAAAAGGUCCUCAACGAGCGCUCGCGUGGCCUGCCUAGUUUGCUGGCGCUCAAGGGCAAGCUCGACAUGCUGGAGGCGCAGAUGAGCAUCCGCAAGGAGCGGACGCGCAGGAGCCGCCACGCACGUCACGACGACGACGACGAUGAGGAUGACGACGAGGAUGAGGAGGACCUGAAGGAGAAGGAGGCCGCUAUCUACAUCGAGGGCGAGACCACGGGCGCCGAGACCAACGGCACGGAGAUGGCGCUGCUGGGAGACGAGGACGACGACGAGGUCCCCACGACGAACGGCUUCAUUGGCGACUCGGAUGACGAUGACGAUGAUGAGGAGCCCGUGGUGGAGGACGACAUGAGCGAUGCCGAGGAGGUCGAUGACGAUGAGGAGGUUGACUACGACGAUGUUGAGGAGUCUGAUGACGAUGACGACAGCGAUGCGGAGGCCGCGCCGCCGGCCAAGGUUCAGAAAACUGCUUCUUCUUUCGCGAAGAGAAAAUGA